AUGCAGUCGAGCUCCGGGGACAGCGGCCCUCCGAGGAGGAGGACGCCGCGGCGCCGCACCCUCCCGCAGAUCCCGGCGGCGUCGCGGGGCAGCGGCCGGGGGGAGAGCACGGCUGCGGAAACCGGUGCGUCGGUCCGCGGCGGGAUGCGCGGGCGGCGCGGGAGGGGCCGCGGCGGCGGCACCGGCGGGGAGAUCGACUGGCGCGACCCGUCGACGCUGCGGAAUCCACCGGUAGAAGCGGCCCUGCUCGCGCGUCAGUUGUACAGACUGGAGCGCACUCGCGACGAGACCGCGGGCGCAGCCGAGGCGGAGCAGCAGACACGAGAGAAGCGCAAGCGGGGCGCGGAGAAGGCAGCCGACGCCUUGGGAAGGUCCCCGGGAAGGUCCAAGUCGCGCAAGGUCGACGACGCGCCGGUGUGCGGGGGCGGCGGGGGCUGCGGGGGCUGCGGCUGUGGCUGUAGCGGCGCCGCGACGGGCGCGGACGCGGCGUGCGCCUCGGGGAGCGCGGCGGUCGCGAUGGACGAGGACGACGACGGCAGAUCCGAGUCGGGACGUUCGGCCUGCAGCGACUGGAAGCCCGGUGACGACGACGCGGCGGAAGAUGUCUGCGAAGACCUCCUCGACCUCCUCGACGACGACGACCUCGACGACGGCGACCUCGAGGAGGAGAUCGAGAUCAGGGAGACGGCUCUCGAGGUCGCACGGGAUCCGGCGGCGGUGCGCGCCGGCGAGGCGUGGGGGGCGAAGCAGCGUCAGCACUUGCGUCAGCACUGCGCCACGAUGUCGGACGGGGAGAGGAAGCUGGCGCACCAGAAGAUCGACCUGGCGGUGCGGGUCGCGCCGCUCAAGUACGGGACCUCCUUCGCGUCCGACGUGGCCAAGGGGCGGCUCGAGGGCCUCAAGGACCUCCCGCCUCGCGGGGAGCUGGCCCGCCUCUGCGUGCCGGUGAUCGCGCGCGAGAUCUACGAGCAGUUGUACCUCGCGGUCCCGGCCGGCUCCGAGCCCACGGCGAGGAAGGAGUGGUGCGUCCCGUGCGUCCACUCCUCCGCGCCCCUCGCUCUCGAGGCGCCGUGGGACAGCGGGUCGCUGUACGCGACCCUGGAGAGGCUCGACGCCGAGUCGCACGUGGAGGCCUUCUUGCGACACGACCGCGACGGGGGCGUCCGGGCGUUCGGGUUCGCCGCAUUCGAGCUCAACGUGCUGCAGGGGCAGUCGACCGCGAACUUCACGGACGCCGGGGGCACCGCCGAGUACCUCUUCCUGUCGUCGCCGCCGCGGGAGCUCGCGGAGUACAUCCGCGCGCAAUUAAACCCCUACUACGUCCUCUGCCAGGAGAGGCCGGAGCUGCGCCGCGUGAUCAAGUUCACCAUGCUGCGGCAUCUCAGGAAUUCGUACCACAUCGAUCGGAGGCGCCUCAAGCGCCCCAGGAGCGUCCUCGCGCGGGCCAAAGCGGCGCUCGGGGCACGGUUCCGCGAUCCGGAGCCACCGUCUCCGCAGCACGUCGACAGGCUCGUCCGCGCCCUGGUCGACAGGCCCCAUGGCUGGCUCUGCCCUGGCUCGCCAGACGGCAUCGCCCCGGUCGUGAUGCAUCCGCCCGGCUCGCACGGCAAGCUGGGGUACUCCGCCCCCGGCGCGCAGUACGUCGCGAGCCUGGACGCCACGGACUCGGGAGGCGUGCACUCCUCUGAAAACACCCAGUACAUGAGCCGCGCGUUCAACCUGGCGUUCAAGAACUGGAUCGCCAUGGUUGACGGCGUCAAGGCGCUGGCCGUGCUCGCUGGGUGGUUCGUGGCGCGCGACCGGCUCCCCGCGGACAUGUACGCGCGCCUGUUCCCGGCCGGGGGCAGCGCGCAGGCGGUCGUGCUGGCGGGGCCCCUCGCGGUGCCCAGUUCAGGCGAAGACGUGCCGGACCCGAAAGACAUCUCCCUCCCCAUCCCCCCGCCCAGCCCCCCCACCCCCGGCCCCUUUGGCGACCUUGUCCCCAUGCCCCGCCUCCCAAAGUUCACGGAAGCGCAGGGCCGCCUGCUGUACUGCCAGAUGCUGGCCCUGAUUCGUUGCGGACUCGAGCAGUGCAACAACCAGCUGCAACGACAGCUUUUGGUGUCGCAGUACCUCGACGACGAGUCGACGUUCUGCCCGCACAGCCCCCACUGCGUGGUGAACGUACCGCACGGGCCUUGGCAGUGCGCUCUGCUCGCCGUCGUCCCCGCCAGCCAGGAGGCGCUCAAAGAGAGGCGCAAGCAGCAGAAGCGCUGCGUAGACUGCGGGAAGAAGCGCAUCAAGCGCGUUUUCCGGGAGCGCGUCACAAAACGCGCACACGACGGCACGCGUGCGUUGGUCAAGGACGCGUCCGGUAACGACAUCUGGCGCGACAGGGUCAGUCGCGAGGGCGGCCGCGGGCGCUGCAAGCUCUGUUAUGAGCGGUGGUGGCGGGCGAAGAAGCUCAACCGUGAGCAGCCCGACGCGGCGCCGGACCAUGGUCGGCACGGGUUCGAGGGGGAGCACAAGCACCGGGGCUGCCACCGCUCGGCUCGGUGCUUCCUGCCGAUGAGCCUGGAUGGCACGGUCGGGCACAUGGUUUGCAACGAGGCCGAGGAGGACCUGAUCUCUCCCGAAGAGUUCCAGAAACUGCGCGCGAAGUGGUGCUGUGCCAACGUCGCGAAUGGAUGCCCGCGCAGCACCUAUGAGGGGGCCUUCCCUGGCGGACGCCCUUGCGCCGUUAAAAUGAUGCCGUGCGGCGACCAUCGCCGCUGCAACCCGUGCUGGAAGGUGUGGAGCAACCCCAACUCGACACCCGAUCGCAACAUGCACGGGGUGAGGCCGGAGCCACACGGCAGCAAGUUGUUCCACCUGCCAACGUAUCCCGAGCGCUCCCUCGCGUGGGGGGGGGGCGCUGACGGCGCGUCGGCCGGCUGCAUCCAGGACGGCCGGUGCUGCACGUACGCGCCGGGGGGGUUCCAUGAGAACCAGUGCGCGAUUGAGGACUGUCUGCGCCCGGCCUCCCCCGAGGCCCUCCGCGCGCGCCGCGACGCGAUCGUCGGCGACUUUGUGUGCGCGAAGUGCAAGCGCCCCGCCGUGGAGUGCCUCGAGGACGGCCUCCACUUCUACAAGAAGCUCGAGAUCAAGUCGCAGCGGCUCUGCGAGCGCUGCAAGCACCCGCACAGGUACCCGGACCACUGA